UCAUGUUUAUUUUGCAAUGCAUCGAACCGUGAAACUCUUGCAUAUCUCCUUGGUUUUGAAUGCAUUUGUUUUGUUAUUUGAUGUUGUGUAGAUGUUGCCCUUUUCUUCGCUUUUCCAGUAUUUGUUUGCCGUUAGCGCAUUUCUGAUGGCAAAAGCCGGAGGCUGUUUCUUUCAGAUCGGCUAUUUCUUGUACACACGGACACGGAUUGGCUAUUGGUACCACCAGAAGGAAAUCAGUAGAGCAAGACAAAAGCUGGGUCAUGCUGGACAUUCCAAAACAGAUGUCAUCGAAUAUCAAGAUCUAUCGAUUCUUCCAAUUCCUAUGUUGUUGGACAACUAUGCCUACCUCAUCACUGACAAGUCAACAAACACCUCUGUUAUUAUUGACCCCGGUGACCCAGAGCCAGUGCAGCUAAUUCUUGAUGAAAAGGGAAUAACUCCAGAAGCAUUGAUAAUAACACACAAACAUUGGGAUCACAGUGGGGGGAAUGGAGUAAUGAAGAACAGAUAUAGAAACUUAAGAAUUUAUGGAGGAGCUAUGGAUCAUGUACCAAAUAUUACAAACCCUGUUGCAGAUGGUGAUAUUUUGAUGUUUGGCUCACUGAAGUUCCAUGCCAUGUUCACCCCAGGUCACACGGUCGGCCAUAUUGUAUACCUCCUAGAUGGCAGUCCCUUUGGUGUUCCUAAUUCACUCUUCUCUGGAGAUCAUGUCUUCCUGUCUGGUUGUGGUCGAAUGUUUGAAGGUUCAUCAAGCACUAUGUUACGAUCUCUAGACAGCAUAUGUAGCCUGGGGGAUGAUGUGUUAGUCUGGCCAGGUCAUGAGUAUGCAAGUGACAACCUGGAAUUUUCAUUACACCUGGAGAAAGAAAACUGUGAUGCUCAGGAAAAAUAUGAAUGGGUGAAAAAUCAACGAGACAACAACUUGCCAACAUGUCCAUCUACAAUUGGUGAAGAAAAGAAGUAUAACCCGUUUUUACGAACUGGCCAAGAAUCUCUACUACAUGCCAUUGGACUUUGUGAAGGUGAUAAUUUUGAACAUUCCACAGAACCAGGUUUUGAGAUUCGAGCCCAAGCACUUGCAGAAGUGAGAAGCAGAAAAGACUUGUUCAAGUACAAACUCUGAUGUUUUCAUUAAUGUUAGGGAGUGAUGUGUUCUGUACCAUGUAGAAGCAACCUCAGCUAUCUGGACUGUCUGUCCAGGUCAGGGGUUAAUGGUCCCCAGUAGUUACUAAGGUAAUGCCACGUGAUACGAGUGUUUUGUACGAGUGUCUCAUAAAUGACAAUACGGACAUUACGAUGGAAUCAGUUGCGAUGCAGUCAGCUAUUCCUGUAUGAGACACCCAUAUUGUGUGGUGUUGUGUUUUGUGAUUAGUAAGAGUUGGCGUAGUGUUUUUAUAUUGCUCCAAUUAGCUGUUAAAAGUCACUCUGGGUGCAGCCCUGCAGGACACAAUAUUUCACGUGAACCGUCCUUCUGUUCUUGUCAACCACCAAUGGGUUAUGUGGUGUAUUGAGACCUUCAAAAAUUUAAAGUUCCAACCUUAAUAUCACUGUAAUUUUAUACACAUAUUCCAAAUAUUCAAAUUGAAAGAUGUACCAGCUCAUGAUAAAAUAAAAUAUCUUAAAAUACAUUGUGAAUGUCAUUCAGAACCAUAGUACCAUGUUAGGAUUAGGUAGCUCAUCGAUGUUGUAAAUAUAAUGGAUAUAACCAAACAGUCGGUUACCUAGGUAAAUGUUCUGGACAGGAGAUCUGGUGCAAACAGAACUCGUGCCCAGUAUGGACGUGCCUGAACCUUCAGUGCAUAUGGGCACGUUAAUAGAGUUUUUCUUCCUCCUCCCUAGUGUUGUGUAAAUCACAUCCUCAUUUUCUUAAUUAGUUUAUUAAAAUUAAAUACCCAUUCUCAAUCCGCUACAUAAGCAGCACCAAAUUUAUAACAACUCAGAAUGUGGUGGUGGGGGGGGG